CUUCUGAAAUGUCCAUGCGGCAGGAACGCCAGCACUCAUCAUGCGACUAUUUCCAUGUACAUGCUAGCUGGCGACAAGCAUCGCGUCUUGGUCGUCGAGAAUGCACACCCACUCGUUUUUGUGGGCAAUGCGGUAGAAUGGCUGGUGCAGUUCGUUCAGCACGACGGCAUCCGUACUCACUUCGGCGUGUGCGCUGAUCAUUUGCGUCGAACCGAUGGCGCUGUCUAGGUUGGACGGCCACCGUCGCAGGGGAAGCGCCCGGGUCGUCACAAACACACGGCGCUGCUGUGCUAUCACCUCUUCGUCCAUCGUGCGCUCGCGUGUCACGCCGAUGUCGGGUCGUCGAUUGUCAGAGCCGAGAGACUCGAUUUCUUGUGGGACGUAUGCCUGUACUGCUGGAAGGCCUAGAAUUCGCCCCGACACUUCGACGUAUACAAUGCCAUCAUCGCCCCGGACGCGGCGCUUGCCCAAGAGCAGCGAGUUGACCGGGAGAAGCGGGUUGACGCCGGACGUCCGCAGGACGUCGAGGUGGUUGGGAGUCCAGCACACUGCAACGGACAUUCGCAAUCGAUACAAAACGUCACCGGUGUGGUCGACAUUGUGCACGUCGAUGGUGGCCGGGCGGCCAAGUUUGCGCGAGUCGGGGAUUUUCAAAAACGGUUCGCAAAAUGCAAACUGCCCAGACGCUUCGCAGGCACUGCACAAAUCAAAAUCAAAUGCGACGCCCGACUUGAAGCGAAUGCCGCGGAUUGGAAACGCAAAGCAUCCGUCGCACGUGACAGACGUAUGGCAGACAGUGUAUGCGGGGUGGCGAGUCAUGUUGUUGGGUCCUGGAUCCGAUUGCAUCGAUGCUCGUGCAGUCGGCGAGGCAUGUGGCGUCGACGACGGCGGCGGCGGGAUGAUCGGGGUGGCUGGCCUUCCCAGGAUCCGCGAGUCCAGAAUCUUGAAGAACGGCUCCUGAGCGACAAAUGCACCCGAAGCUUCACAAACGGCACAUAAGUCAAAGUUCUUGGCUGUAUGGGAUUUGUAUCGCGGACCGACAAUGGGAUGCAUGCCGCACCCGUCGCAAGUGACGGUGUCAUGCGACACGACGACGAUGGGAGGGGCAAGAGUUCGCGACGACGACUUGGGCCACACUUCUUCGAUAGCUUUCUUGAGUGUGUGGUUGGGAAGGAGCGUCGUGUUGUGCAAGACAGCGUUGGUAACGGGACUCGUCCGCCUCGUGCGAAACCAGUGUUGAAUACUCGUGCGCUCGUACGUGUGUCCGUCGCAGGCAACGACGGGCUCGACAAACACAUCCUGCGUGAUGGGACCGACGAACGAUACAAUUUCGAUCGACACACCGUGGACUGCAACUUCGUGGAUGGCGGAUUUGAGCGCGUGGUUUGGCAGCAAAACCUUCGAUGGCAAUGGUUGUUGUGUGGUGGGACUUGUACUCUGCACCUCCAAC